AUUGAUAGUUGUUUCAACUAAUAGAAAUGCUCGUUAUCAGCGAAUAACCAAUCGACUUCAGGCCCUUGAGAGGGGCGGAGUUGUCUUCCCUUGACAACGCGCUUAGUUCCCGGGGAGUGGUGGCGGUCGAUUCAACAUGGCGGCGAAGAAAACAAAAAGUGGAAGUUCUGGAAUAUUUUGGGUUAAUGGAGAUGAGGAGCAGCCAUUUGUCUUUGUUCCUGGAGUGAAUGGAGAGGUGUUUAGCCACAUCCCCGUCAGCCUGGAAUCAGACAGCACUUUCACAGUCAGUAACAGAGGUGCCAAAAUUCAAGGUGCAGCAGGACAUAGGUCUGACUGUAAGAAGGAGUCUGCUUCAAAGAAGGGAGGCAAAAAACAGGGUCAUACACAGAGUAAUGGUGCUGGGUUCUACACAAAGGAAAACCUGUCAGUCCACCAAAGGGCUGCUCUGUUACCAGAGAACAGUCCUUCUCUUGUCACUUUUUUACCACAAGCACAGGUAAUUUCUGACACAAGUGUCAAAAGCCAAAUAUCUUUGAAAGACCUCUGCUCCGAAGAUAAGCGCCGAAUUGCAAACCUAAUUGAAGAGCUAGCCAGAGUCAGCGAGGAGAAGGAAAAAUCAGUGAAGCGUUUGAAAUAUGAACAGGAAAACUUUGAAUGCAAGAUCCAGCAGCUGGAGCAGCAGAAUGUGAUAAUAAUGAACGAGAGGGAAAGUCUGCAGCAGCAGUACAAAGAAUGCCAGGAGCUGCUUGGACUUUACCAGAAAUACCUGUCUCAGCAACAGGCCAAGCUCAAUGACACUAUUACCCAGCUAAGCCAGACACAAGUUCAUAACAAGGUGUUCAAUAGUGAUGUGGCCUACAGUAGUGCUUCUUCUACCAGAGCUAAUGGCUUACUACAUGAUGGCUCAUACCUCAGCUUUGCUCCCCAAGUCCAUCAACCUCAGGUUCACACUAAUGGGGCAGCACAGGCAGCAAGAAACCCUGGCCCAAUGCCGUUUGUUAGCGAGAUCAGACCAAGGGAUGGAUCCAUCGAACAGCAUGGCUUUCAGAAAGAAGAGCACAAGGGACCACACAUUGAGGCCUGUUACAGAUGUUACCAUUGCCACAGCAGUGGUGACCACAGUAGCUACAGAACAAAGCAACAGUGCUAUCAUAAAGGCUGUUGUCAAAUAAACGACCACCUUAAUGUCUCUGAUGCUUCCAAACCACAUUACUCUGAAAGAGUCCAGAGUGGGGCCGCUGUCAGGUCAGAUGGUACUGAAGCACUGACCAGUCCACUGCUGGGUCACGGGGACUGGGAAGUGAAGAGGCAUCAGUUGCUGAUGCAAAAGAUGCAGCUGGAGAUGGAGAGAGAGAGGCUGCAGGCACGACUUGAGGAACAAGAAGAGAGGCUCAACAGACAGAAUCAGCAGCUACGGCAGACACGCUUGGAUUACAGCAGGUCCCAGCAAGCUCCUUCUCAGGCAGAGCUCAGCCUCUCAAAUAUGAGGAAUGGAGAUCCACAGCUGGAGCAGCCCCCCUACCAAGAUCUACCCUCCAGUGUGACUGAAGAGGUCCCUGCUUCUGUAGACAAGAGUCAGCCCACAUGUGCAGAGCAGACCACUAAGGACAUAGCCACAUCCCCCCUGAAGUCUCCGGAAAGCCUGAGUAAGCACAGGUCCACAUCUGCAGUCCCCAAGACCCCCACGGCCAGAUCAGACUUCUCUCUGGUUGAGUUACUGGACAUCUUGAGUCCUGUUUCUGUCCGUGAGCAGAGUAUUCCAUCCCACCAAAAGACCAAAGUGACACAAAGCAGACUUGCCCUCACUACGCCAAAACCAGGAGGCAGAAACCUGCUCACCUCUACAAGGCGUAAACCUCAGACAACUGAGCAGGACCUGGAGGAAAGCCAAAUCCUUGAGGAUAUUUUCUUCAUUUGCUGACAUGGAAGAAAAUCAGGAAAAAAAACAAAUCCACUCUCCUCAUUUUAUUCUGGUCGUAACUUUUUAAAAUAUCCUAAUUUAAUUUUCUACUUUAAAUAUUAAAUUACUUGGCUUUUAUGUUUUUCUGUUGCAAUUUUCUUUAAUAAACAAUUUUAUUUAUUGAAA